UAUGAAGGCAACACCUGAACUCGAUGGACCAUGCUCAACAUGUAUCUCCAACUCCCAAAUCUGUCUGUCUCAUCGAUGAUUCUGCCAUCUGUCUGCAAUAUGGGAAGCAGCAAACUCUGCUUUGCCCAUACAGUACAAUACCCCCACCCCGUUUUUUUCCCCUCGUCAAGCACGCGUGUGUACGUGCAUGCCUUCAUGAUGAUGCUGCUCCGCCGUCGAGUCCCAGUAAUGAAUGGCUGCCUGCGGUGCGGCAGAGGGACACACCACCACCACCACCACCACCACCAUUAGCGAGCUUCCCAGGCCCCGCUGCUGCUCCUCCGCAAACGAGUUCCAGCGGCCGAAGGGACCCUGUGGUGCUGGGCACAGCGUUAUGGCUCAGACGCUACAGAUGGCGAUCCCCAACUUUGGCAACAACGUCCUGGAGUGUCUGAAUGAGCAGCGUCUGCAGGGCCUCUACUGUGAUGUCUCCGUGGUGGUCAAGGGACACGCCUUCAAGGCCCACCGUGCGGUGCUGGCGGCCAGCUCAUCAUACUUCCGCGACCUGUUCAACGCGGGCGGCAAGAGCUCGGUGGUGGAGCUGCCUGCCGCCGUGCAGCCACAGAGCUUCCAGCAGAUCCUGGCCUUCUGCUAUACGGGCCGCCUCAGCAUGAACGUGGGGGACCAGUUCCUGCUCAUGUACACCGCAGGCUUCCUGCAGAUCCAGCAGAUCAUGGAGAAGGGCACAGAGUUUUUCCUCAAGGUCUCGUCCCCGAGCUGCGACUCGCAGAGCCUCCACGCCGAGGAGACGGAGCCUCAGAGUCCUGUCACUCAGACGGUCGGAGUGGCGGGCGGUACCCCAGUUGCCAGACCCACAGCUUGUUUGACACCGCUACAUCUGAUGUCCAAAGUGAAGACAGAGCAGACGUCCACCGCGCCUCAGACUCAACAGCAGGAGGGCUUCCCCUACUCGGUGGUCUGUAUCCCAGUGGCCAAGCGACUGUGGGAGGGUGGCAACGGAGGGGGCGCUUCUGCAAGUGGCGGUGGCGCCCAAAGAAAGGCGGCGCGCUACUCUUCCACGUCCUCCUCCUCCUUCACCUCCAAUGCCGCUACCCAGGAUGCCUCUGGCCGGGGGGGCGCCCCUACAUUACUGGCAGGAGGCGCCAACAGCAACAACAACAGCAGCAGUAACAACAAUAAUAGUAAUAACGGUGGGACCCCCGAAGGCACGAGUCCAGGCACGCUCAGUCUGUACACCAGCGACUCGCCAAUCAGUUACCACGAAGACGAGGAAGAGGAUGAGAUGGCGGACGAGAGCGCCGAAGAGCAGUACAGGCAAAUCUGCAACAUUUACACCAUGUACAGCAUGCUCAACGCCAACGCCACAGUGCCCGGUGAGAAGGUGGAGGCACUGCCGGACGCCGCCCCGGACUCGGGGCGCCGAGGUGGUCGCCCCCGGCAGGAGCUGGCGUCGCUGCCGUCUGAGCUGAUAAGCCAGAUCGGCAACCGCUGCCACCCCAAGCUUUAUGAGGAGGGUGACCCGGCCGAGAAGCUGGAGCUGGUGAGCGGAACCUCAGUGUUCAUCUCGCGGGCGCAGCUCAUGAACUGCCACGUCAGCGCCGGCACGCGACACAAGGUUCUGCUCAGGCGGCUGCUGGCCGCCUUCUUUGACAGGAGCACCCUGGCUAACAGCUGCGGCACCGGCAUCCGCUCGUCCACCAAUGACCCAAGUCGCAAGCCGCUGGACAACAGAGUGCUGCACGCCGUCAAAUUCUACUGCCAGAACUUUGCGCCCAGCUUCCGGGAGAGUGAGAUGAAUGCCAUCGCUGCCGACAUGUGCACCAAUGCCCGCCGCGUAGUCCGCAAGAGCUGGAUCCCCAAACUCAAACUCCUGAUGGCAGACAGCGACGCCUACUCUACCUUCUUGGCUGACAACGUCAAGAUGGAGGCCGAUGGGCUAGGUGGUGAGCAGGGCUUUGACGCCGCCUCCCUGGAGGUAGCAACCGGGGGUAAUGAAGGAGGGGCGACGGCCACCGACGCCCUCCAGGACGGCGGAGGAGGAGGAGAUGGUAGCACUUUGUUUUGAGUGAGUGAACGGACAGAUGGAUGUUUGGACAGACGGCAGCACGGAGUGCGGCCACUUUGUCGCCGCUUCCAAUGUUUUUCUUCCUUUUUAGCAUCACUUCCUUCUGCUUGUUGCUGCUCUCUUGCCAGCCCACAAAACGGAGCAUGUACCAUAAUACCCAGGACAGGAAGUGGGCUUCUCUUGUCUGCAUGUAGCGUCAUCGCGGCAAAAUCAAUCCCGUAUUACCCCCUCCUUCAUACUGAAUGUAUGUGCGUUUCGUGAAGGGUUUGCCCCAAAGAACCACUCGUGUUUGUUUACUUUUCCUUUAAAUUGAAAAGUAAUUUUUUUUUUUUACGUGUUAUUGCGACAAAAUUACGGUGGGAUUUUUGGGCAUUGGUGACAUGAGAAAUCGUCUUGUUAUCUGGAGGUCAAAAUCCAAAGUAGCUAACGAUGGGUUAUGAACCCAGGUUUUGGGGGGAAUACCCCUUUCAUGUGAAUAACCGGAGAGCCGACAUUUGCCUAUGCCAUCCACGCAGAUCAGCGAAGGAAUGGCAACAAUCUAUGGUUCUUCUCCUGCCGAAAUUGAUCCCGUGUUCUUCCCCAUCGAAGUCAUACUGAAUGUACGUGUUAUUCGUGGAGGGUUUGCCCCAAAGAACAACUUGAGUUUGUUUACCUUUCUUUACAUUUUUUUUACUUUUUUUUUUAAACAUGGAUAGGUGAUACCAGUCAUUGGUAUCGGGCCGAUACUGGCUUAAUUUCAAAGUGCUCGUGAAGGCUACUGAGACCAGCCACCGAUACUAAAGGCAAAAAAAAUAUAUUUUUAAUUGAGGAAGCCCUCUUCGCCAGUAGUGGGUACUACGCUGCCACAGUGUGACAUAUCGGUGAAUCAUCAUGUAUGUCAUAAAGAAAGAAAGAUCUUUGUGCGCAAUUAUCUAGCUUUAUUAAUUGAAAGUAAUGUUAUGUAUCAAAAGUACUAGUAGCAUUGGUACUCUGUUUCGGUGAAUACUGAAGAAUGAAUACUCCUACUGGUAUCAGUCUGAAAAAAAGUGGUAUCGAACAUGCCUAUUUUUUACGUUAUUUUGAUAAUAUUGCAGCAGGGUUUUUGUGUAGUGUUGCUUGGAGAAAUAGGCUUAAUUGUCAUUAGUAGGCAAAAUUCAAAGUCGAUAAAAUUAUGUGUUCAUGCAUUUUUUGGGGUGAAAUUCCAAUUUAGCCUCUUUGACACAAAAUUGACAUGUCAGUAGGGCCUGGAUUUGUUCGCCAUUUCACACAGAACACACUGAAGAAACUGCGACUAUUUCUUUCGAUGCGACAUGAUGCUAAGCAGCGAGUGUCUAGCGUUAAACUUUGGACCCUGGCAACUGCUUCUCGCGAUCAUCUUACACGCAGGCGGCAUUUCCGCCUCUCCUAUGACGUCGGAAGCCGGCGAUUUUGCGGGUCGACUUCCAGCACCCCCAUUCCAUAUCUGUACCUUUCGCACAGUAGGGUGACCAGAGAAAAGACUGUCUUUGAUGGGUGGUGUGAAAGAGGCGAGUGCCGUAAGAUGUAAAGGGAUUUUUUUUUCUUUAACUACUGUAAUGUUGCUAUGGUAACAAAAUUACACAUGGAACCUCCAAACACGCCCUCUUUCAUUUAGGUGGUGUUUUGGUUCUGAUCGGACUCCCUUUUCCACUAAACCUUUGAACAUUCUAAAAUUUUUCCUAAAUUUGAGCACCUUAUCUCCAAUUGAGCGUUGCGUUUGAGAGCGCAGGACUGGUCAGUGUCUCUGUGUUUUGUGGGGGAAAAAAAAAAAAAAAAGUGUCUCGAGUCAAACCAGAAUCAGAGUUAACCUUUAAGGUGCCGUCCAAUCGACACCAGUGUUUUAUAGUUAUGAUAAUAGGCCAGUGUUAUUUUAAUGCAAAAGUGUUUGAUUGUUUUCUGUUCUUUUGUCAGUUUUUAAUUUUUUAUUUACAUUUUUUAUUUUUUUUUUAAUAAAAGUAGCUUUAUGGGAUAAGAACCUGACCGGGAAGUUGCCCACCCCCUUCCCUCCCUGGUACGUUUAGGGUUAGGGUCCCACAUUUAUUCCGGUACGCUGAUUUAAAUGCACCACCUUAUAUAUUCGCCAUUGUCGACAGGCAAGGAAGACGAGGACAGAGUGAGACCGCCUCCCAGACACAAUCCACAUUAUGACUGCCUAAUAUGUGCGCGCAUAUUAAUGCAUCGCCUCAGACACUCCCGCGUCUCCUUUUAUGUUGUGUGUGUCAGCCAGAGUGCCAUCUACACGCUCCAUAUAUAUAUGUGUGUGUGUGUGUCUGGCUGCCGAUUACACAUGCUGCGUGGGUGGCGUCUUUGUUUUUGUCUGCCUUUCACACGCACACACGGACACACACACAUCGUAUGCGCCAAAGUCAUGUUUAUGUUCAUUCGACUGUAGAAACAAGGCGUCGUAUUCUAUCCGUUUGAAUUGAACUUUCUCGCUUUUACUUUUCUUAUUGUGUGUUUACCACACCUUUUCUCUAAGAAAAAGGCAAAAAAAAUGAUGAGGAACAUCUAUGUGCCCCCCCCACCCCCCACCCCGUGGCUGGCGACCAAUCACAAGCGCGAUAUUGACCAGACGGUUGAACCGAGCGAAUUCUAAUCAUGCCAGACUUGAAGGAAGGGAGUAGGAAAAUAAGGAGCAGGAGGAGGAGGGGUGUGUGUGUGUGUGUGUGUGGGUUAAAGAAUCUCCCAGGACAGACGAAGAGGCACUGCGGCAGUCACAAUCCAGACAAAAGAGAUGCGUAGAAGAAGAGUCUCCAGUGUAAACACCUGUAUGUUUGGUUACAAAACCUCUGCAGUCGUUUUUUAUUUUUUAAACGGACGCUCUGAGAGGUGGAAAAAUGACAAAACUUAAGCAUGCGCUAAUGUUGGAAUUGCACUAAAAAGCUGAGCAUAAGGGUGCCUCUUGUCUGUUUUAAGCACUGCAAUCAUCAUGAUGAUGAUGACAAUGAAGGCCAAGCUUCCAGAAGAAUCUUGCUGCUUCUGGUAGUAAACAUCCCAGGAUCGGCAUCUUUAUAAUUUUUUGUUGCGUCAAAAAUGUGAUUACAAAUAAUAUGAGAAGUUGGACGUUUCUGAGCCAAAAUGGCGGCUUGAGGCGACAUUUACACAUCGUUUUUAAGCGUGAAGGUCUAACGGUGAACUUGAAUAUCUGCAGAAACAGAUUUCCACACAGAGAUCCUGUAAAAUUUCUGCAUGUAGUUGUAACGGAACCCAUCUUUAAAUCCAGAUGACUCUGAGCCAAAAUGGCAGAUGAAGACGGUUUUUAACGUGACCACGACUGAAAAUGGAAAAAUUUGAAAACUUGAGUUUUGGACAUAUUUUUACAAAGAUCCUGGAAAAUUGCCCCAUCAGAGCUAUAACACACUAUGUAGGUUCUGUGUGAAAGGCACAUCCACACGCUCUAAAUCCAGAUGUUACGUUUUUUAACCAUGCCUGUUUUAUGGAGGCUGAAAUUGAAAUUCACACAGAACCUAGCAAAGAUCUUCAAGUUCAGCUAUUUUUGAGCUAAAAUAGCAGAUUAAGGAGGCAGUUACUUAAUGCCAUUUUUAUCUUUUUUUAUCAUCGGUCUUGGUUCUGUGUGAAAGGCACAGCCAAGAGGUUCAAAUGCAGAGGUUUCUGGGUCAAAAUAGUGGCUUAUGUUGUUUACCUGAUGCCAUUUUUAAGCCUGUAGGUGUUACAGAGUCUGAAAGACCAAACAUUUGGAAAUGGAAAGUUUUUGACAGUUUUUUCCACUUGGAGGGCUUGUAAAAUGGGCGCAUCAUGGCUGUAACAGACCAUCUGGGUUCUGUGUGAAAGGUACAGCAAAGAGCUUGAAAUCCACAUGACUGUGAAUCAAAAUGGCAGGUUAAGAGGACGGCUAUGUGACACAGAUGGUGAAAAAAAGUAUGCUUUUGACGGUGUAUAUUUUUUUUGCACACAACCUGUAAAAUUGGCACAUCAGAGGUUGGUUUAGGAGCCUGUGACUUUCACACAGACCCCAGCAAAUACCUUAAAAUCUGGAUGUUUCUGAGCCAAACUGAUGAAGAUGCCCUAUACGAGACAAAAUUUUUAACAAAUACAGAAAAAAAAAAAAAACCUGCUAUUUUUCAUGUCUGUAACAUGUUUUUAACCAUUUUUCACACGGAGAUCCUACAAAAUUGGCAAAGGUACCAGUGCGGGGUAGGAGUCAACCCACACAAGUUUCGAUGUAGUCCUAGGCGGAAAACCUCCAACAAAUGUGAUGUUUAACUCUGAUGUCACCACUCAUCUAAUUAUCUGAAUGCGCAAACCCGCAAAGGCUCUGUGAAUUUACACAGACAAAUAAAUACUGGCUUUUUAAGCCUUUUUGUUUUCACAUGCUGUAAAAGGGAUUUGAAUGACAACGUUGUCAUUUUAACAUGAAAAAUGCCACAAAAUGUUAGUUAGUCUCGACUAGCGCAGCAUUUGAGAUGUUUCAUUUAUUUGACCAUUUUGACCCACAAAGAACCAAAAAUUGGACGUAAAAUUUGUGGGAGUUGGGCCUAAGCGGGAGUUUGAAUUCUGAAGAGCUUUGUUUGUAAACAUCUCACUAGAAGUAUUUUCCUUAAUUUUACAUUUAUUUUUAUUUUUUUUUACAUUUGCGCUUGUAGCCGUCGAGAGGUAAGAUCCUACUAAAAAUUAACACGUGUACGACGUAGUCGCCGAGACGGCCUUUAGUUGUAUCGUAGUUUAGAGAAAGAGAAGCACAUAUUGUUGCAUCAUUGUAUGACUGGGGUGCUGGGAGAGGGUGGGAUUUUAAAAUUUUUAUUUUUAAUUUUUUUGCUAUUACAGCUAUCGCGGUGCUUAGAAAGCGGACGGACGGACGAUUGCGAGGCGUUUGAAUGUCUUUUAAAAUGACACUAUUCUCGUACCUUUACACUUUUUACACUCGUGUUAUGAGUUUUUUUUCUCUAAGCUACGACUUCCAGUCUCGUAAUGGCCUAUGACUACCACAUCGUACGACUUUUAAACUUAUGAAAUAUUUUUCUUGCAAAUUUUACGACUAUGUAAAAAUGUGAUUUUAUUUAUUUUUUCUUACAAAUUCUGACUCGUCAAAUUAUGAUUUACCAAGUCUUGUAAAAUGUGACUUGUAAUGCUAAGGAAAAUGCUAAUUUUUUUUCUUCGAUUACUUGACUUUACAGCUUUAUUGUCAGAAAAUUAUAAUUUUUUCCCUAAUGACUUUAUUCUUGUAAUUGGAGGCUUUCUCACAAAAUUAACUUUUGUGUCUCAAAACUAGGACUUCAUUUUUGUAAAUAAAAUGCAGAUUGUAUGGUAUGACUUUUUUCUCAUAAUGCUUUUUUUUCUUUAAAAAUGACUUUUCAUUUCAACUAUAAAAUUUGACUUAAAUUAUUCAAAUUAGAAUUGUUUUUCCUCACGACUCCACUAAUAAUAUUUGAACUUUGUCAUAAAAGUCCGACUUUAUCAUAGCUGUAUUUUUUUCAUUAGUAUAACUUUUUUUGGGUUUAAAAUCCUGUCAUAACUUCUUGCAAAUUUACAACUUUGUCAUUUCAAUUUGGAUUUCUGUCAUGACUACUCUUUAGUUGUGUCCUAAUAUUAUGACUUCUUGUAAUGAUACUUUAGUCUUUAGUCUCGACAGAUUUUACUCUACUGUAAUGUUACGGGACGAGUGAGAUUUUAUGUUAUUCUAAUGACUUGCAAAUUUGACUACUUCCAUAAAAUUAGGAUUUUUUUUUUCAUUUUUUUCCACUUGAUCUUUUAAAAUGUGCAAGUUUAUUCACAAAAUUAAGAUUCUAUUCCUGAUGACUAUUUUUGCAAUAUUAUGACUUAAAAUGCGUCUUUUGUAUUGCUACGAGAAUAGCCAGAAUCUUACAAAUGUUUCGUUUUUCUUUGAAUACAACUUUUCUCGCAAACCUCCGACUUUAUUGUGAUAAAAUAUGACUUUGUUAUCCUAGACAAAAAGUCAGAAUUUUGGGGAAGCUACGAGAUGUCUGACUGUUUUUUUUUUUUUAACAAAUGACAAAAACAAACAAAAUAAUCAAUGAAUCCAAAGUGAGUUUACUUGAAAGCGGCGCUGCUGCCUGAAUGUGGUCUUCGCUGCCACCGGAGUGCGACGCUCCCUGAAGCUAUGAUUGUAAUAAUUUUCCAAAAGUCUUGAUCACUGUAUUUAUGCGCGCACCUUAAAAGCAGAGCUCUCAUGUAAACGCUAAUGCAAUCCAAUCAACUCCAAAAAGCGCCCCGAGACCAAAUAGCGAAAUUCUACGCCCGUCCGUCCGUCUGUUUGUUGCCGCCCAUCCACAUGGAGGCGCUAAAGUGACGAAAGAGCACAGUUUGGAGUAUUUUGGAUUUGUUGAACUUUUAAGAAAGCACCUUUGGGUGAGCCCUAGAUGUCACCCUUUGCACCUUUCUGAGCUAGCUCACUUUGUCACUUCCUGUUGGCGGUUUGGAGGAUGUAACAGGACAAGGGUUUGGGGGGUAGUUUUUUGUAUGUUUAUUUUUUGUUUUCUAUCUUUUUAUACUUUUAUUCUCUCUUUGAUACAUUGUUUCCUCUUUUAUGAUAUUUGUUUACUGUAAAAUGGACACUCAAGACUUGAGGACUGAACAUUAAAACAAUUUCGUUAGCAAACCCUCCCCCCCCAUCCCCCACCCACCCAUUUUGUUUUUCCCCAAUGUUCAAGAAAGAUUACGACUUUUGUUGAUUGUAGUAUGAGAGAGAAAAAAAAUUAUGAAUUACCUGUUUGCAGCUUUGAGAAAUGAAUGGCAAAGGAAAAAUCCACCCCGCAAACAUUGGCAAUCCUGACUUGGACCGAAAAUGAUCUUAACGGAUCAGUCAGCUCCCGUUACUUUGACAGGGUGAUCUAUAAAAAGUAAAAUCUUGAUUUUUAUAAAAUGGUCUUCUUUAUGCUUAGAAAGCGAUGUAUCAUCUUUAAAUUUGCCGUUCUUUGGUCUUAAAAUGCCACUGUGUUACAUUUUCUUCAGAAAUCUUUUCCUGAUUUUGUUUUCGCGACGAUUUGCCUGAGAGAGGUGAUUGAUUACCUGUUGAUUUUUCUCAGGAGAAUUUCUUUUUUUUUUUUUUUUUUAUGCCAUCUCAAAGAAUCAACAUUGUCAAUUUUAACGUAUCAGCCCUCUUCAUUUUCACUGGAUGAGCGCUGAUCUUUUCAAAGUUUGAUUAGCUCUUACAAAAGGAAAACGUUCAUCCUUUACUAAAUCCUACAUUCAAAAAAUUUCACUGACAAUUAAUAACUUUGCUGUAUUUUCUUUGGUAAUCUUUGUAAAGGAUUUGAUGAAAUUUGAACACCAACAAAUGUAUGAAAAUUAUUUGAGGAAAAUUUCUUACGACAAAUGUCGUGACUAUAUCAAAUGUCAUGACUUAAUUUAAUAACAUAAAAUUUAAGAGGCUGGUUGGAAUUUUACAAAUUUUCCCCGUGACCUUUUUUUUGGGUUAAAAAAUUCGGACUAUUCUUACGCCAGACUGAAAAUUUGCAUAACGCCGCCCUCAGCCCUUUUUAUUUUCACUAGCUGAUCGCUGAUCUUGACAAAGUUUUGUUAGAUUUUCCAAAAGAAAGACCUUUAUUAUCCUUUUAUAAGAAAUAAUACUUUCUCCUUAAAUCAACCUGAAAAUGUCCUAAAAAUUCCACUGAUUCAAUUAACAACUUGGCUGUAUUUUCUUUGGAAAUCUUUCUAAAGGAUUUGGUGGAAUUUCUCUAAUAUUGCGACUUUCUCAUAAAAUUAAGGAGGAUAAUUGGAAUUGUACGAUUUUUUUUUUCCUGUGACUUUGUUAGUGGGAUUAAAAUUCCGAUUUUUCUCAAUCCCGACGUGUACUGAAAAUUUGCAUAAAAGACCAGUUCUUAAUACUUUCCUGUAAUACUUUGAAAUGAUUGUUGAUCUUUAAAACAUUUUCAAUUAGUUUUUUUCCCCCAAAAUGAAGACCUUCAAGGAUUUAAUGAAAUUUGACCACCAACAAUCGUUCAUUUAACUUGGAAGCAUAUUAGCCCAAUUUUCUAAAUUUGUAAAUAUCAUGAUCAUAUAAAAUAUGGCCCAGUCUGAGGGAUUUAUGUAGUGGCCUUAAAAUGUCUUCAAUUUGACUUGAAAUUCUCAUGACAUGGGGUGGAUUUUUCUUGUGUCGGGACCUCCUGGUGGCGAUGUGGUGAAUGUUAAAGCAAACUAAGCAAACUGGUCAAACUUGAGAAUGGCGGAGGAUCCGAACUUUAUCCCGCACGCCAGAGACAAAUCACAGACACACAAACACACUUAAGGUACAUGGGAACCUCUGAAGAAGCGGAAGCGCACACACUCCGUCGCACCCUCAGGAUGUGUGUGUGCUCGGCUUUGCGCAUCAAUGCAGUUUUUCAAACAAAAAAUUGUUUUGUUUGUUUUUUAGAAAAUGAAAAAAAUGUUACCUCGGAAGCUCUCAGCCAUUUUGUGAUGUUAUGGCGGGUAAUGUGGACGCUCUGCUAGGUCCUCGAUAUUCAGGGAAAAAAUAUUUUAAUUGUAAAAUUCAGAUUUUUUUCUUCUAGUAAUAGUAUUUUUUUUCCCUUGUGAAAUUACAUCUUUUUUUGGUAAAACAAAUUAAAUUGCUUUUCCCCUUGCUAUCAAAAAUAUUGGCAUGUAGUUGUUGGCCAAAGAAAAACUUUUUUUUCUUCUUAAAAUUCAGAUUUUAAACUCUGUUCUUUUCUCAUAGUUAUUUAUUUAUUAUUAUUAUUAGUUUUAUUUUUAUGCUAAAUUAGGAAUAUUUUCAUAAAAUUAUUUUUUUUCAUGUAAAAAUUUCAAUUAAUUUGUUUCCCCUUGCAGAAUUCUGACUAUACUCUAGUAGUAUGACUUUUUGAUUGACGAGUCCCCCAUAAUUGUAACGAAAAUUACAUUUUUUUUCCACUUAAUAGUAUAAUUUAUUUCUCAAAGUUGACCGUUUUUUUUUUUUAAAUACAGACUUCCUUUUUUACUUUUAUUUUAAAAUAAGGAUUUAUUUUUUUAUAUUACUUUUUCUUCUAAAAGCACCGUACAUAAACUUUUUUUGCACGUAAUUCCAAUUUUAUAAAAUGUGAAUUUUUACCCCCUCUUAAUAUUAAGACUUUUUUUUUCCCCCAAAUCUUUCAGAAUUAGUUUUUAUUCCCCCAAUUUUUUUUUCCUCCAGCAUAUUUGACUUUAAUCUAGUAUUUUUUUCCCAAUUUUCUCGUUAAAAUAGGAUUUCCCCCAUAACUUUAGUGUAAUAUUAUGACUUUGUCAUAAAAUUGGGAUUUUCUCAUUUUCCUCACAAAAUUGACUAAUAUUGUAAAAUUAGGACUUUUUUCAUUGCAAUUUUUGAAAACUUUUAUUCUGAUUUUCGAUUUUAUAAAAAAAAAAAAUUAAAAUAAGGAUUUUGUUGUAAUACUACAAUUUUUAUUUUAAAAUUAUGACGUAUCGAAGUCUGAGUUCCAACCAAAUUCAUGUAAAAAAUAUUGAUUUUUCCCCCAUCUCGUAAUAAUCUGACUUUUUUUCCUUGCAAAGCGAUGACUAAGCAAUGCGGCCACCCGCGCUGAGAGUCCAUGCAAACACACAGUCUUACCUCACACAUCGCCAUAGCAACCGUGAAUGAUGCUCGUCUCUGGUGUUCUUUCUGUCUCAUUUCCGCUAUAUCAAUACAUAUAGAUAAAUACAAAUAUACAGUUUAAGUAUAUGUCAAUAUUAAGUGUUCAUGAUCACAUAUGGAAGUUUGUUGGACGUGCACUGAUCAGCAUGAGCUUUUUAUUCUUCAUUACUCAGCAGCACGCAGGAAACAAACAAGUAGUCGAUUAGGGGCAAGUAAGAAUAAAUGCAGUGACAAAUACUCACCACGCCAACACGAGGCCCGUGUAAAUGUCAGUACCCUAACCCCGAAAACCCCCUCAUGACCCCUACGUGUUCGAAGUGCCAAUGACUUGUGAAUUCCUAACUGUGACCCACUAAUAAUAAUAAAAAAUAAUAAUUGCACAUUAA